GCACCCUCUCCCUCCGCACCCUGCGCUUGUUGUUCUUGGCCGGGUUUUGGCCUGGCUAAAUUUAGGCAGCUUGAUUUCGACACCCAUCCCCUGCCCCGCGGGGGGAAGAGGCUGGAGCAAAGGUAGCGAGGAAGAGGAGGAGCGGGGUCCGCUCCCCCAGCAGCACCUCGGGUUUUAUCCGGCUGUGAGGCCAGGCAGGUGCUGAGGACGGAGGCUGGCACCUUGUGGGCUGGCACUUGGGUGACAAGGAGCUGGGUGACAAGGACAAGGCAGCCCGGGUGGCCACCAGGGAAGGAUCCCCCAGGGCCAGGGGUCUGGAGGAAGCCGACGCAGGGGAGCUGCCGGAUGCAGCAGAGCGCAGCCAGCGGGUGAGCGACCCCCCAGGCUCUGCAUGGAUUGGAAUGGGGAAAGCUGCCUGCAGUAAGAGCCCCGGGCAGCUGGAGAGCCCCGGCUUCUUCCUUCGAGCGCUCUUCUUCCUCCUCUUCUGCAGGCAUGUUUCUUCCCAGUGCAAGAUCCUGCGCUGCAACUCCGAGUACGUGGCCGCCACCCUCAACCUGCGCGGCUCCGGCCGGACGGCGGCGUACUGCAACGCCCUCCGCUCCUACUCCCACUGCACCCGCAAGACGGCUCGCACGUGCCGGGGCGACCUGGCCUUCCACUCCGCCGUGCACGGCAUCGAGGACCUGAUGAUCCAGAACAACUGCUCCAAGGAGGGCCCCACGUCCCCGCCCCGGCCCCGGCCCCCGGCUCCCAACCACCAGGGCUUCGAGUCUCUGGAUAUCUGCAACUAUGAGAAGAGUUUCCUCUACAAGCACGGCCAGCCCCCCAGCUACCAGCACUGCGCGGCUUUCGGGGACCCCCACAUCCGCACGUUCCACGACGACUUCCACACUUGCCGGGUGGAGGGCUCCUGGCCCCUCUUGGACAAUGACUACUUGUUCGUGCAAGCCACCAGCGCCCCGGUGGCCAAGGGGUCCAACGCGACGGUCACGAGCAAGCUCACCAUCAUAUUCAAGAACAUGAAGGAGUGCAUCGACCAGAAGGUCUACCAGGCUGAGAUAGGCAACCUGCCCGCGGCCUUCGAGGACGGCUCGGUGAACGGCGGCGAGAGGCCGGGCGGCAGCAGCUUGGCCAUCCGGGAGCUCAGCCCCGGGCGGCACGUGGAGAUCCGAGCCCAGUACAUCGGCACCACCAUCGCCGUCCGGCAGGCCGGCCGCCAGCUCUCCUUCUCCAUCCGGGCGGCCGAGGAGGUGGCGCGCGCCUUCACGGAGGAGCAGGACCUGCAGCUCUGCGUGGGGGGCUGCCCCCGCAGCCAGCGCAUCUCCCGCAGCGAGUGCUGCCGCGGUCGGGCAACGGCAGAGGCGGCCCGGGCGCUCUGCAAGGAGAUGCUGCCGGUGGAGGACGUCUACUUCCAGUCGUGCGUCUUCGACGUGGUGACCUCCGGGGACGCCAACUUCACCAUGGCGGCUCACGGAGCCCUGGAGGAUGCCAGGGUCUUCCUGCCCGACGCUGAGAAGCUGCACAUCUUCCAGGCUGGGGCAGGCUGCCCGCACGUCUCUCCUUCCUUCCUCCUCCUCCUCCUCCUCGCCGCUAGUCUUUGGGCUCUUCAGUCGCGCUUUUAACUCCCGCUGGCCGCCCGCCGCUGGCACUGCGUACAGCGCAGGGGUAAGACGAGAGCGCUGCUGACUCAAGGCCCAUGCCUUGCAGAUCAAGAGAGAUGCCUCACCUCGGAUCAAGUAGCUCUGCAGCGAGGAGGAAUCAGAGCCCCAGACCUUUGGAGAGGGGAGCGCCGGAGACAGAAGUCGCUGAGACUCCAGCUUGUCUGCGCUGCUCCUGCAAGCGCGGCACCGACUGAGCCUCGCUCCCCUCCCAGCAGGCCAAUCCCCGCUUUUUUAUGUAGGAUCCCGGUGCGUGUUUUCCUAAAGGUGAGGAUAUCGCGGCUGUACCAAAGGAAGAGAAACAGCCAAGGGUGCAGGUGUGCUCGGAGAGCCUCUGCUCCUCAAAGCCUUUGGGUCUGAGAACAGAAAGGACUCUGGCAAGACGCCGGUCAUUUCUGUGAGCCUGCUUUCCGCAGCCCUUCCAGCGCUACCGCAGCAGGCGUCGGCUCAGGGACCGUACAGGUUCUGCAAUAACAGGCUCAAAGCCCAAAUCCCAGCUUUUAGCAGUCAAAAAAUGUCAUCAGGUGGAUUUGGGCCCCCUUGACACUGCAGCUGCUGAAGUCACGUGGAGCAAGGCAAUAAGAUGGUUAUCAGAGUGAUGCGACCAAGUUCUGAGGGUUGUUUUUUUUUUCCACCUGAGCUGGAUUCAUCCCUGCCAUACAGAACCCUCCUUUCUCCGGGCUGGUGCCACUGAUUUCCAGCCCUCUGCGGUCGCAGAGCAUCAGGUCUCUGCCAUUUCAAGCUCCUGUUGCUAUUUUUCUUUGUUGUCUUGGCACCUGUCUAGGACUCAAUAUAGCAAGUUCUGGACUUUGGACCAGCGUUGAGUUUCAGUGAGAAAAAAAUACCACUCGGCAUCCCUCUCCUUUGGGCCCAGC